AUGCAGUUGAAUUGUUCAAAAAAAUUGGUGAGUGAGAAGAUUUGUGAGCCCGACAAAGUCAUGUAUGCAACUGUCAUGAAUGGGCUAAGCAAAAGGGGUCAUACUCAAAAAGCUUUAGGUUUGCUCCGGUUAAUGGAACAGGGAAAUACUAAGCCCAACAUAGUCAUCUAUAACAUCGCCAUCGAUGCCCUUUGCAAAGAUAGAAACUUAGAUGCUGCUAUCAACCUUUUCAAUGAGAUGAAGCAGAAAGGCAUUCCUCCUAACAUAGUCACUUAUAGUUCUCUUAUUGAUUAUUUUUGUAAGCUCGGUCAGUGGAAUUUUUUUGACUUUGUUCUCUGGGUAAACCUCAAUAUUUACCCAAAUGUGCACACCUUCACCAUGGUGAUUGAUGGACUAUGCAAAGAAGGAAAAGUCGAAGAUGCCGAGGAAAUAAUGAGACACAUGAUUGAAAAAGGUAUAGAGCCUAAUAUAAUCACCUACAAUGCGAUAAUUGAUGGAUAUUGUUUGCGUGGUCAUCUGGAUAGAGCGAGGAGGGUGUUUGAUUCCAUGAUAGAUAAAAAACCUGGCAUUAUUAGCUAUAACAUACUAAUAAAUGGAUACUGUAAGAAAAAGAAAGUGGAUGAGGCCAUGCAAUUGUUUCGUGGAGUUUCUCAAAAGAGAUCAAAACCUGAUAUUUUUACGUACAAUACUAUCUUGCAAGGUCUUGUUGAAGUUGGAAGAAUUGGAUCUGCAAAACAAAUCUAUGCCAAGAUGCUAUCUACGGGGCCUAAACCUAAUUUAAUCACUCAUAACACUUUGCUUAAUGGUUAUUUUAAGCAUGGACUUGUAGAAGAAGCUAUGCCACUCUUUCGUAAGUUGGAAAGAAAGAGAGAAAAUACUAAUAUUAUAUUUUACAAUAAUAUCAUUAGUGGAUUGUGCAAAAAUGAUAAAGUCGACAAAGCUCUUGCUAUUUUUGAGAAGCUUUCUUCAAUUGGAUUGCUUCCGGAUGUGAGAACAUACACUAUAAUGAUAAAUGGAUUUUGUCUUCAAGGGUUGUUAGAUGAAGCUAAAGAUAUGCUAAGAAGAAUGGAAGACAACAGUUGUUUUCCAAACAAUGUCACUUACAAUGUUAUUAUGCAAGGAUUCUCAGGUGCAGCAAAAUUAGUGAAAUGA